AAUAUGAGCGCUGUCAUGGUAACCAGGUUGCAGACCCGGACCCGGUCUGGACCCGGUCUGGACCCGGACUGGACCCGGUCUGGACCCGGACUGGACGACGCCCAGAGAGAACCGUGGUCUCGUCCUCAGAGACGAUCUUUGAUCUCUGCGCUCUCAGCUCUUUGUUGUUGCCCUGCCUGUCCAACCGGCCAAUCAGCAGCCGGAUCCGCUCCGGAACGCCUACAAAUAUUCCCAACUGUCCAAUCAGAGCGCCCCGUCCCGGCGGGCGCCAUUUUGUCGGCUUGUGGCCCCGGAGGUGUCCCGCUGUCCGCUGGCUGGAACCUGUUGCUCCGUAGUUCCGUGUUGUGCAAUGGACGGAGAGGAUCUGACGAGCUUUUCUCCAGCGUCUCCAACGGCCCGUUUAUCAUGAGCACCACAGCCAAUGGGAACGACAGUAAGAAAUUCAAAGGGGACAUAAGAGGUCCCGGCGUGCCGUCCAGGGUCAUCCACAUCCGCAAGCUUCCCCUCGACAUCUCGGAGGCCGAGGUCAUCAGCCUGGGGCUGCCCUUCGGAGACGUCACCAACCUGCUGAUGCUCAAAGCCAAGAACCAGGCCUUCUUAGAGAUGAACUCAGAGGAAGCGGCUCAGAACAUGGUGGGUUAUUACUCCACAGUGAUGCCCGUCAUCAGGCACCAACCGGUCUAUGUCCAGUUCUCCAACCACAAGGAGCUGAAGACCGACAACUCCCCCAAUCAGGAGAGGGCCCAGGCGGCUCUUCGGGCCCUCAAUACGUCUCAUGUGGAUGCGGCUGUGCCGGCCCCGAGUUCGGUUCUGAGGGUGGUGGUGGAGAACCUGGUCUACCCCGUCUCCCUGGACGCCCUCUGCCAGAUCUUCGGCAAGUUCGGCACGGUGCUGAGGAUCAUCGUCUUCACCAAGAACAGCCAGUUCCAGGCUCUGCUGCAGUAUCCAGACGGGGCGUCCGCCCAGGCCGCCAAACUGUCUCUGGACGGGCAGAACAUCUAUAACGGCUGCUGCACUCUGAGGAUCAGCUUCUCCAAACUCAGCAGCCUCAACGUCAAAUACAACAACGAGAAGAGCCGCGACUUCACCAGACCUGACCUUCCCUCUGGAGACAGCCAGCCCACCAUGGAGCACCAGGCCAUGGCUGCAGCCUUCAGUCCAGGUAUCAUCUCAGCCUCUCCGUACGCCGGAGCCACCCACGCCUUCCCACCGACCUUCACCCUCCAACCUGCAAUGUCCUUCCCCUAUCCAGGCCUGACGGUCCCCACUCUGCCCGGAGGCCUGGCCUCUCUGUCCCUCCCCGGGGCCACCAGGCUGGGAUUCCCCCACCUCCCCGCUGGAGUCUGUGUCCUACUGAUCAGCAACCUGAACCCCGAGAGAGUUACGCCCCACUGCCUCUUUAUUCUCUUCGGUGUUUACGGCGACGUGAUGAGAGUGAAGAUCCUGUUCAACAAGAAGGAGAACGCUCUGGUUCAGAUGUCUGACAGCACACAGGCUCAGCUAGCCAUGAGUCACCUGAGCGGCCAGCAGCUGCACGGGAAGUCUCUGCGCAUCACGCUGUCCAAACACACCAGCGUCCAGCUUCCCCGUGAAGGCCACGAGGACCAGGGCCUGACCAAAGACUACAGCAACUCCCCCCUGCACCGCUUCAAGAAGCCCGGCUCCAAAAACUACUCCAACAUCUUCCCUCCUUCUGCCACCUUACACCUCUCCAACAUCCCCCCGUCUGUGGUGGAGGACGACCUGAAGAUGCUGUUCUCCAGCUCAGGAGCCACGGUCAAGGCCUUCAAGUUCUUCCAGAAGGACCACAAGAUGGCUCUGAUCCAGAUGGGCUCAGUGGAGGAGGCCAUCGAGUCCCUCAUCGAGUUCCACAACCACGACCUGGGCGAGAACCACCACCUACGGGUCUCCUUCUCCAAGUCCUCCAUCUGAGCCUCAGACUUCACCGUCUGAAUCCUCCUCGCUCGCCUGAGAGCGGACUUGGUGUCCACUACACUCCCAUCAUUCCAGUCUGCAGAAACCGCCGUGAAGUCUGGUGUGAUGUUAAAUUAUUUUUUAAAACAUGUUUUAUUCUCUGCCUUCGAGGAGCAUCAGGGUCAUUUAAAGAAACCGAGUUCUGAGUGUCAGGAUUUUAAGAAUGAAUCAAGAACUGACUGACGCUUCAGACUCGUUUCUCUGUGCUCCUGAUCCUCGUCUCUGAAGUUUCCCCCUUUUUGAAGUAACGUCUUUAAAACACGACAGCGUUUGGGAAGUCACGGAUUAGCUCCCGAGCGGUCGGAUGUUUGGCCUUCAGAUGAUCCCCGUGCCUUAUUCCUGGAGUCGUGUAACACAAAUCUCCCAUCAUGCCUCUGUAAAUUGGCAAAGAGCAGGUUUACAGUUGCUGAGCUGUAUUGCAGAUAUAUCCGUGUUUUGUACUGCUGGUUAGCGUCAGACGUGUGAACGGUUUCAGCGCUCUGCUGGGUCUUCACUCGUAGAUUCUCUCUUCUGUUCCUUUUUGAUUUCUUUAUUUCCAUGUAUACAAUCGAGUUUUAUUCAAAUCAGAUUAUCGUAGCAAUAUUUUAAUCAUUCCUUUUUAUUUGUUGGGUUUUUUGGUGUGUUGGCGGUUCCUCUCGCUGCUCCGCCGCCUUCGACGAACCGCUCUGUUACUCGCGUCUUCUUGUGAAUCACGUGUCUCGUCCGUCGCCGCUCUCAACGGUUUUAUUUAUAAGUUUGUGAUCCACUACAGCUGAAACCAAAAACGGCCUUCUAGAUGCAAACAAAUCCGCCUGCCUCAGGUUUGUGGUUUUAAGGACUUAAAAGACAAAAGACCUGGUUCAGGCUUUGUUGGUGUUUUCCUGUG